GUCAUUCGUGAGUCAUUUGUGCUGCGGAUAUAUCAACACUUACACUUGGCUAGCUGGUAAUUCCUAGUAUGAUUGGUGUGUACGAGAUCUGAUACACACAAAUAAAUGGGGGUUAUAACUUUUCCUUGAUAGCAGUAUUCGAAUAGCACACGGAUGAAAUCACGGACGAUACGGCCGGUACUCUUGUUUACCGUGCGUGACAGCAACAAGCUAAUAACGAAGUUCCUCGACUGAAAGCAGAAUAAACUUUAAAAGUGAUAUCUGCAGUAAUCCAAUAACAAGAAACAAACCUUGCAAGACUGGUAAUCCUUUCUCAUGUGAUGGCACAUUGGAUUGUGCAUACUGACGGUGGACCAAGAAGGGUUAACCAUGCAGCAGUUAGUGUAGGUGAUCUCAUCUACUCUUUUGGAGGUUAUUGUACAGGAGGUGACUAUGAGCACAGGAAUCCAAUUGAUGCAUUUGUAUUCAGUAUUGGAAGAUUAAAAUGGUCCAAACUACCACACUCCAAUGGUCCCAAUGAAUGUCCUAGACACAUCCCGUUUCAGAGGUAUGGGCAUUCAGUGGUGGUUUACAAUGAUAAGGUAUACCUCUGGGGUGGUCGUAAUGAUACAUCGGGAGCAGAUAAUAAACUCUACAGCUUUGACACCAAAACCAGUCGAUGGACCCUUGAGACACCUACAGGUCAACUGCCUGAUGCUACUGACGGCCAUUCUGCAUGUAUUAUUGGACACAGGAUGUAUGUCUUUGGUGGUUUCAUAGACUUGCUUCAGAGUUACUCCAACCUCACAUAUGCUCUGGAUUUCAGGGAUAUGAAAUGGACGUUGUUACAACCAAGAAGAUAUGUACCACACUGGAGGGACUUUCACACUGCCACCCCAGUUAAUGAUCAGAUCUUUGUGUUUGGAGGUCGUUCAGAUCGAUCAGGUCCUUGGUAUACUGGACAAGAAUUCUACUGCAAUGAGCUCAAAGUAUUUGACAUCAAGAACUGUGAUUGGACCUCACCCAAAGCAACCGGUACACCGCCCAUCGGUAGGAGGAGCCAUUCAACCGUAUUACAUGACAAUCAUUUAUGCGUGUUUGCUGGCUUCAACCACACCAUUGACACACACUUCAACGAUGUUCACAAGCUAGACCUGUCAUCAUUUGAAUGGAAGAAGGUCCACUGUAGAGGAAAGGUUCCUUGUAAGAGAAGACGUCAGUGCUGUGUUAUGCAUGGAGAUAGAAUGAUCAUGUUUGGUGGAACUAGUCCAAGAGAGAAAGCAAAUCCUGGUGGUAGUAUUGGAGAGAACCUUAUUGAUCUUGCUGAUCUUCAUAUUUUAGAUUUUGAUCCUUCAUUGAAAACAAUGUGUCAGAUGUCCAUCAUUGAUGAGAGAAUUGAUACUACAUGUCUUCCCAAGACACUAAGGUGGGAAAUCAAUGCCAUGACAUCAAACAGUGAUAUAACUCCACUGCCAUAUGAAGCAACGCAACAAGGCUGAACCAAGCAAUCGCUUGAAUGUGCACCCACACUUGUGCUGCUUAUAUACUGUGAUGUGUAUGCAAUUCGUUUCAUAUUGAGUUGCUUCGUCUGCAUUUAAAGUCAUACAUUUAGCUCUAUCAAACCACAAGGAAAAUCCAUACUUUUAUGGAAACAAAAUGGUUUACCGAUGCAAGGUAGGAAUUAAACAAUCUUUAGUUCUUCUUACGGUUAAUAUGCUCAGUUUGUUAUAACCUUGUGAAAGUGACUUGAUUGUGUAUAGAGCAUACAGUGUCUCUUAAUAUAGAUGAGCCAAUGUAUAUCAUAUAAGCCAUGGCAUUUUGUAGUGGGUCACUUUUUUGUGUAAUAUCAAAGUAUGGACUGUUAUGAGAGGCAUAGUUGUAUUGACAGGCUUUUGGAUACCGCACUCUAUAAAGGAAGGGCAUGAGCAACUGUGUAUCUUUUAUAUUUACCAGAUAUUAAUGAAAUAUACAAAGAAUUCUUGCCUUUUUGCCUCACUUUGAGUCUGGCUGCAAUAUCAUGUAUAAUCUUAGACUCUUUAAUAUUUGCAGGCAGGUUGCCUACAUGUAAAAUCAGGGGCUUCUUUCAUGAAGAACUAACGAUCAUGGUAACGUUGAUUGUAUGGUAUCUGCAUGUAAAACAUGGAAACCUUGAUUUUGUUUUGCUUUUGAAUAGAGAAAUAAGUUACCAGUAUUAAUGUUCUCUAUGAAGCAGACCGACCCCUGGUGAACAUGUGGGUAUCAUUCAUAACCAACAAGGUUUAACCAAAUUUGUCAGUCAGAACAUGAUUAAACUUUCAUGGGUGUUUUGAUAAAAAUGACUGUACUUUUAACCUAAAAGGUGAUUAUUGAAUUUAUUAAACAUGGGUAUAUAAAGAAUCUGUUUAUUUGAAAGUUGUUGGAAGAACAUCAUUUUCAUCAAAUAUAUCAAAACAACAGCAGUGACUUGGGUGGUAGCCAACAUUAUCUAUUGAAUAGCAAAUGAAGACAAAUUUGCAAGAUUUAUGAAUUACUUUUAUACAUACAUCUAUAACCCUCAAUACCGGAAGUAUUGCUAAAUGACAGAAUGAUCAUAUUAUUAUCUUUGUCGCAUAUUAUUAGAAUCUACUUACUAUUCAACAGAGUAUAUUAAUCGGUGAGAUAGUAAGGAAAGAUAGAUUGAUUACAUACAAGAGGGUAAAGUGUGCAGUUUACCAUACAGGGUGAAAAUAUGGAAAACAUGAAUAAAAAGAAAUUGUGUUGCCUUUUUGUUUUCUGUUAACCAUUGUUUAUUGCUGUGAAUUCAGGAGGAAGGCAUUGCUAGUUUGACAUCUUUAUACUUUGACUGGAUAGUUUUUACCGAUUCUCAGUGUAGAUAAAUGGCCUUUGGAAUGGGCUGUUCUAUUUAUAUGUUUGCUGACAUGGUGUGAGCUUCAUUUUUUUUUUUGCCUUUUUAAAUUGUUGAUUUGUUAAAAAAUUUGAAAAGAUAGCAGUUACCUGUUAGUCCUUGGCUGAUGACAGUCAUUCUAUAACAGUUACAGUGCAAGGUUGUGGCAAACGCUUGCAGUACUUGGUAUGUUUGUGUACAUGUCCUAAGACAUAUACAAGUAGCUGUCCAGCAUCAUGUCAACUAAUCCAAACUAAGUAUUUGAUUAUUACCCAAUGAUGUCUGUGGAUAGAUAAGUAGCUGUAAUAUUCAAGGUAUGUUGUAUAUUCAUAGUUGCAUUCCUUGGUUGAUCUAACAAAUGACAUUAUAGAAUGAGUGUUGCAUGCUUACCGGAAUGACAAAGUGAUUUAAUGUAUUGAAAAGAGAAAUAUAUAAAAUCAAAAUAUAUAAUGAAAGAAAAAUAUAUAUUGUAAAAUUGUAAGGGUAAUCUUAGAUUACCUUAACAUCGAUUGUUUCUUGUGUGUUACUGACUCUUUGUCUUAAAGAAUAUGGAUAACUUUUACAUUGAUGAUAUUGAUGCUAUAUUUCAUAAUGAAAAUUGUUAUAUAUAUAUAUAUAUAUGCACACUGUGGGAUGAAUUGCCUUGCUAUAGUAACAGGUUGACACCCAUGGGCAUCAUUAUUAAAGAUAUUGGUGGUACUUUCAUGAGGUAAGACCACAGAAGAGUCUCAGUCCAUGCUUUUACGGAAAGAUAUGUUUUUAUCUUCAUUAUUCAAUCUUCAUUAAAAAAAUCACUUUAAUUAAUGCUCAUAUUAUCAAUUCUUCUCACUCAUCACAAUUUUUUUUACUGUCCAAUGAUGGAGUAAAUCAUUUGUAUGAAGUAAAUUAGUUUGUUAUAGUCACUUCAGUAAAGUGUGGAACAAGUUGAGUAAAGGUAUUUCCAGGUUUUCUUAUUUGGUCAGAUGCUUGUGCUUAGCAUGCAUGAAUCGUAAUGAAGUUUAUUUUUGUUCCAAAUACCCUUAUACUUUUUGGUUAGUAUUCUGAGAUUACCAGCCCAUAUCCAGGAUGAAGAUGAAAGAUUGUUAUAAAGCCAUUGAAGUCUAUGUUUUUUUUUUAAUAAUUUUUUUUUUUUUGGGGGGGCGCAGGGUUUAUAUAUGUGACUGUGCUUGAUCUUAUGCUCUUGACAUAAUCUUUUCCUUAGACGUGGUGUCAAACUAACUUGUUUCUUUUCAAUAAAUUUAUAUAUAAUUGGCAAUUAGCUUGCUCUUACUAGGAAGAAAACAAGUACAUGUAGGCUACUGUACACUUUUGGGUUCUCUCUCAGGUGCAUAAACACAAUUAAAAAUCGUGAACACCCUGAUCAAGCAAACGCUCAAGCUGCUCUGAUGGAGCUUGAAAAAAACUCAAGCAAGUGCUUAAACGCACAAGCAAAUUGUUCCCUUUAUGCACACGCUUUUUAGCAAUAGCUUAAUUGUCAAGGAAGUGCUAGCAGUCAGUUAACGAUUGCUUGAACUAACUAGCAAAAGCAUUUGCUUGCUCAAUUUUAAGAAUAUGGAAUUAAGCAAAAGCCUAGAAAAACAAUUGCAACUUUUACGCAUCUGACCCAAUGUAAUGCUUUGCUUGAAGAAACUAUUUGGCAUAAGAUCAUAUUUCCUUGACCUUUCUUGCAUACAUGAAUUAUGUCCCCAUGUCAUAUGGAGAUUUUUGGCCUCCUAACAUGAGCAGAAUUCACUAAAACCAUUUAAGCGGAUACAGGAUUUUAUAGUCUGGAGGCACUGAAUGUUGAUAUAUCAUAGUUUGGUAAAAUUAUGACAAGAAAAGGGGGCCACACGCUGCCAAAAAGAGCCUAAUUUGAAUUCUUCCUAAAAUUUCCGACAACAAAAAGGGUCUUACUCAUUUAAAAAAGGGCAGGAUACAUGGGGGGUGAGGCACUUAUCAAAGCAGGGUACAUGGGGGGUGAGGCACUUAUCAAAGCAGGGUACAAUUCACAUACCACUAUUGGCCCAAGGGGCAGGGAAGACGCCUGACACCUAUUCUUUCUUUUCCUGAAUCCUUGCCUACCAUAUUCCUUGAUUGAUUAAAUUACAUCAUUAUAUUCUUGAAUAAAAGUUUAAAAAGCAGAAAGAAUAAUGAUAUAGGUUUAUGCUCCUAGCAAUUAAGAAGGCGCAAUAGCUUGGGCGGGGGGGUCUGAUUCCGGUGACCAGGUUCGAUUCCAACUUUGUGCGCUAUGGCCUUUUGGUCAGGCAUUUAUCCUCAUAACCAGGCCCCUUGGAGAGAGAACCUUAAGCCGUCGGUCCUCUGGUUGCUUGCCUACAAGCAAGUCACCACCACCAAUACAC